UGGGGUGCACCGUUUCUCGCCUCUUCGCCUCACUGUCCGCGCGCGUAAAAAGGGGAAAGCGAGAGAAACCGUUGCUGCUGCUUGGACGUUGCGGCAAUGUCUGAUGUGCAGAAUUUACUUCCGCCUUUCCGUCCAGUUAUUUAAGAUGUGCACACUCAAAUGGUUUUACUGAACGUAGGAUGGGAUUAACUUUGACCGGCAGAUACGUCUCACUGUUUCUUGCAGUGCAAUUAGCGUAUCUGCUGCAGGCAGUGGGAGCAACAGGGAGAUGUAAUAUCAUAUUUAAAGGUUUCUCAGACUGCCUGCUCAGACUGGGAGAAAACAUGGUGAACUACCCAAAGGAACUGGACGAAAGAGACAGCCUACAGACCAUCUGUUCAUACUGGAAUGACUUCAACGUUUGCGCCAAAACCGCGCUCGCGGACUGCCCGGAGGAAGCAACGGAUCUAUGGGUAAAACUCCAAAAAGAAUCCCGAAAACUGGAGUUCCGUGGCAGCUUGUUUGAACUGUGCGGAGGAGAGAACGGGGCCCCCCGACCCACUGUGCCGAUCGGCGUCACGAUGCUUCUGGCGGCACUUUCCGCGCUAGUGACAUGGCUUGCUUUUUAAGAAAAAAAGAAAAGAAAAAAACGAAAUAAAAAAAAACGACGAUGAUGACUACCAACAUAAUAAUGAAAAUAAAUACAUCGGUCGAUUUAAUACACUUUAUUGUAGCUACACCCACAUGGAUUUAUAUACUUUUGAAAAUCACCCUCAUUCAGAAGAGACGUCUUGUUUUUUUUGUUUUGUUUUUUUUUAAAUAAAUUGGCGGGCAACCCUCUGGGAAUACUUCAUCGUCGCUUUCAAACCUGACCUGGGGUUCAGCGCUGCUCUUGUUUAGGCUAUAAACACUUAGCAGCGUUUAAGUCUGAAUUACAAAGUUAUGUCUUAUUACCAUCGUAAUCGAUUACAGUGCGAUUAUGCAUUCUGCCCAAGAAAGCUAAAUUUCCUAUUCCAUACAGGCCACGCUGCUAAUCAGAUUCACCUCCCAGAGAAUUUAGAAUCAUUUUUAUCAUUUUGUGAAGUAGCACGCAUGGCAGUCAAACAGUGUUUGAAUUGUUAAUUUAGCCUAAUUACAAAGUAAUUAACUUCAGGCAGUUCAUCCCAGGUUGGCUUCCUCAUGACUUUAAUUUAGAACUUUUUUUUUCCGAUUUGCCAAAUUUGUCAUGCCAAGUCAAGUUGGAGCAAGUCGUGGUGGAUUGCAUUGUGGUGUCUAUUUCCUGCUCAGACUCACCCAUCACUUUCCGAUCAACAAAAGAGGAAAUACAAAUUAAGAAGAAGACUCAGGAACGGUUGGAGUCCUGCAGAGAACGGAGAGAAACACGGUGACACUGGGGCAACCAUGGAACCAAACUAUGGCAACAGGAUAUCUAUGGAAGCCAAUGCCGUCGCCCAAUAUCUCCAGAAAGAACCAAGAAUACAUUUUGACUGUUGCCGCAGCGCUCCACAGUGUGUUUCCGUCAUUAAGAUAGAAUGUCGUCACAUAGGUUACAUAGAGGAAAAAAAUAAUAAAAGAAACGUACUGUAUCACCGAAACAUGAUGGCUGAAAAAAAAAAAAAAAAAAGUUGGAUGAAGUGAAAUUUGCUAGCUUUAUUUGAUGUUGCCAAGGCAUAGAUCACGUUUCACAGCCUUUACAAGUAUAUGUAUUUUGUUUGAUUGUUUAUGGGGAUGUUACUUAUAAUACCUGAAUAUUCCAAAACCAUAGAUAGCCUGCGGGGAACCGUAUGGCAAGAUGUAUAUCAGAUGAUUUAAAGAAAGAGUGAUAACUAAACCCAAGAGAUUUAAAAAUUCAAGAUUGCUACAAAUUAUUUAAAUAUAUAUUAAAUAAACCAUUUACUGUUUGAAACAA